GGAAACGGAAGUGGACGCGGAGCGGACUGGAACCGAGGUUUAGGUCUGUGGCGGCUGGCGGUCGUAUCGAAGAUGAAUACCAGAGGACUUGGAUCUCAGCUAAAGGACAGUAUUCCAGUAUCUGAACUUUCAGCUAGUGGUCCUUUUGAAAACCAUGAUAUUCUUCGGAGAGGUUUCUCUUGUGUCAAAAAUGAACUUUUGCCUAGUCAUCCUCUUGAAUUAUCAGAAAAAAAUUUCCAGCUCAAUCAAGAUAAAAUGAAUUUUUCCACACUGAGAAAUAUCCAAGGUCUAUAUGCUCCCCUGAAGUUGCAGAUGGAAUUCAAGGCAGUGAAGCAGGUCCAGCGUCUUCCAUUUCUUCAGAGCUCAAACCUCUCCCUGGAUAUUUUGAGGGGUAAUGAUGAGAGUAUUGGAUUUGAAGAUAUUCUUAAUGAUCCAUCGCAGAGUGAAAUAAUGGGAGAACCACACAUGAUGGUGGAAUACAAACUUGGUUUACUGUAACAGAAAUAUGUUGCUAAUUAAAAUGGAAGAAUGGCA